CAACCUUCCCACCAAAAGCUAGCCCUUAAGGGAAAUGCUGGGAUAAGGGGGACACCCCAAAAUACAUCACCACAAUGAGUCUUAAUUGUCAAGCCUCUGGCCAAAUCCUUCAAAAGGAAAAUUGUGAUAGAGAGAAUUUUCCAGAAAUGAAGAAAUCUGUUUCUAAGAAAGUUAGAAUACAGGUUGAGAGAAGUUGGUCAGGAAAUUUAACUCCACCACAAUGUGAAGGUGGUAGCGGUGCCGUGGCUAAGAUAAAAGCUGAACAUCGUCGUACCAAUAGUGCUGGAAAUAUCGAACCAAGAUUGUUAAGGAGCAGUGGUAUGAGACGAGAUUGGCGUUUGGAGGAAUUGAUUGGAAAAAAAGAAAAUGGAGUUAGUUGCUAUUAAUGAAUGGCAUCUCGCUAAAAGCAAAAUCUCAAUAAUUGAGAUCCACUCCAAUAUAGAGGGACUAAUUUCGAAUAGAAAAGAAAGAAAGACAAUUAUAGUUUUUUUUUUUUUUUUUUUGAAAUAGACCCUUAUAUUAUUGGAGGGGAUUUCAAAUCAAAUUUCAAUAGACGCUUCAACAUAGGCUUUUGGUGGCAAAAGUGUGGGAGGUAUGCAUUAUAGCAACAUAUAUGGUGGUGUUUCAAGUGCUACCAAAUUAUGGAUAGAGCACUUUUUUUUUAGCACCAUAGUAAUAUAAAUAUAAAUCCUCAUUAUUU